AAAAGAAAUUUCUGUUAUUCGUUCAUCGAUUUUUCUCUUCACUCUGCACAUUGUAACAGAUCUCUACUUUCCGACUUUGAAGCCAGACAGCAAUUUCUUCGCAAAACCCCUAAGCCUCCCUGCAAUGUCCACUUCCACCUCCGAAGAAUCUGAAUUGCAAAAUGGAGCCGGACCUCAACGGGUACCAGAGCCAGAACCCAAUCCUGUACCUGAUGAUGAACCAGCAUCAUCAACACCAGAACCAAAUCCUGUACCUGAUAAUGAACCAGCAUCUACACCAGAACAAAAUCUUGCUCCUGAACCUGAAGAAGCGUCGAAAUCAGAACCUGAAUCAACUGCUGUGGCAGUAGCGGAUGUAGAUCCCAAGGCGGAGGAGCCUAAAGAAGUGUUGAUCGAUUCGAGUGAAGCCACGCAACCUCAAUCCAACGAGCAGAAUGCGCGUCCCGACCUGCGAAAAGACGAAGGAAACCGAACUUUCACAAUGAGAGAAUUGCUUAGCGAGUUGAAAAGUGAUGAAGGUGAUGAUGUUAGCUCUCCUCAAAGUCAAAUGAGUACACCACAUCUUCAGGGAGAGCAGAACAAUGCUACAAUGGAAUUGAUCAGUAGUGUCACUGGUGUUGAUGAGGAGGGUCGGUCUCGCCAACGGAUUCUUACAUUUGCUGCUAGGAGGUAUGCUAGUGCAAUAGAGAGAAAUCCAGAAGACUAUGAUGCACUAUACAAUUGGGCAUUGGUUCUUCAGGAAAGUGCAGAUAAUGUUGGUCCAGAUUCUACCUCACCUUCCAAAGAUGCUUUGCUGGAGGAGGCCUGCAAAAAAUAUGAUGAGGCUACACGCCUCUGCCCUACACUUCAUGAUGCCUUUUAUAACUGGGCUAUAGCAAUCUCUGAUCGUGCAAAAAUGCGUGGUCGUACGAAGGAGGCUGAAGAACUGUGGAAGCAGGCGACAAAGAACUAUGAAAUGGCUGUCGAACUUAACUGGAACAGUCCCCAGGCUCUUAACAACUGGGGACUAGCAUUGCAGGAGCUCAGUGCAAUUGUUCCUGCUCGUGAAAAGCAAAAGAUAGUCAAAACUGCUAUUAGUAAGUUUCGUGCAGCAAUACAGUUACAAUUUGAUUUCCACCGAGCAAUCUACAAUCUUGGAACUGUUUUGUAUGGAUUAGCAGAGGACACAUUAAGAACUGGAGUUGCAACCAAUUCUAAAGAUGUUUCCCCUAAUGAAUUGUAUAGCCAGUCUGCUAUCUACAUUGCAGCUGCUCAUGCAUUGAAGCCAAAUUACUCUGUAUACAGCAGUGCCUUGAGACUUGUACGCUCUAUGUUACCUUUACCAUAUCUUAAAGUUGGGUACCUGACUGUACCGCCAGCAGGGAAACCAAUUGCACCUCAUAAUGACUGGAAGAGAUCACAAUUUGUUUUGAAUCAUGAAGGUCUUCAACAGGUCAACAAAUUAGAGCAAAAACAAAUAUCUCAAAGCCUCUCUAGUAGAUCAGAUGUACCAAAUGGUGACAAAAGGGCUAUCAAAAUUGAUGUUCCAGAUAUUGUUUCAGUAUCAGCAUGUGCUGAUCUGACUUUGCCACCCGGUGCAGGCCUCUGCAUUGAUACAAUUCAUGGACCACUUUUCUUGGUUGCUGAUUCAUGGGAAGCCCUAGAUGGAUGGCUUGAUGCUAUUCGACUAGUUUACACAAUCUAUGCACGGGGUAAAAGUGAAGUCUUAGCAGGUAUUGUCACAGGCUGAUCAUGGUUAUUUAUUACAUUCAUGACCAAUGCAAUGUCCCUCCCUAGGUUUAUGGUUCCUGUAUUCAGAUUUGGUCGCUUGAAUAAGAAUUCUGUAUAUUGAUAGAAUUUUUUGGCCCAGGAUAAUGUUUUGUCAAAAUUUCUCUGCAUUAUAAAUCAGCUGUAGAUUUCUUGUUUUAUACUGUGGAUGAAUAUGGGAUCUUGUUCAAACUUGCAAUGUAAGAAAAAUAUGCGAUGCAAUUUUUUCACUAGAUAUCAAGUUCAAUAUAUUUUCUUUAGAUCA